GGCUCAAGGGGCAGGAGGGGAUUUCGGGGGGUUCCCCAGGGCAGCAGAGAGCCUAGGGCAGGAGGGUCCCAGGGCGGGUUUGGUAGGAGGCCAUCAGGCAGAGUAGGGCUGUGCAGGGAGAGCGAGGCGGUGCCAUCUGUGGCCCCUUUGUGCCAUGGCAGGGUCAGGCCAUGGCGCUGGUGGCCCCCCACCCUCGUCUCCUCAUUACCGGUACCUGGACCUGCUCUUCGCCCUGCUGGGCGCUGCUGCUUUCUUGGCAGACCUGGUCGCUGAUCUGUGGGUGGCCUCCAGCUACAUGCAGGCUGGGCACUGUCUCUGGGGGGGGCUGGUGCUGGCACUGCUGGGCCUCUCCUCCCUGGCCAUGCAGUUCUUCAGCUGGGCCUGGUACCAGACGGAUGACAUCGAGCAGGACCUUCCCAGUGGCCGCUGCUUGACUGUGGUGCACCUCCUCCAGCUGGGCUAUCUCUACAGGUGUCUCCGUAUGCUGAGAGUGGGCUGGCGAGUAUGCAGGGCAGAGACUGCACCGCAGCAGGAGCGAGGCUACGCUGUCUUCCUGUCCCAUGACAUCAGCAUGCUGCGCCUCUUUGAGACCUUCCUGGAGAGCACCCCUCAGCUCACGCUUGCUCUCGCCAUUGUUCUGCAUACAAACAAGGUGGAGCUUUUCCAGGGGCUUGGGAUUUGCACUGCCUUCCUAUGCGUGGCAUGGUCACUCCUGGAUUAUCACCAGUCCCUCCGCUGCUUCCUGCUGGACAAGCAUGAGCUGGGCCCACUCUCCUCCACCAUCUACUUCCUGUGGAACUUCCUCCUCAUCGGCCCCCGUGUCCUGGCAGUCGCGCUCUUCGCCACACUCUUCCCGUGCUACAUCGGCCUGCACUUCCUGGGCAUCUGGGCUGCCAUGCUCCUCUGGGUCUGGCUGCAGGGCACUGACUUCAUGGAGGGCCCCAGGUGGGAAUGGCUCUACAGGGCAACGGUGGCUGUGAUUCUAUAUUUCUGCUGGUUCAAUGUGGCCGCGGGGCAGACGCGGCAGCGCAGCGCAAUCUAUCAUGGCUUCAUCCUGGUGGACAGCGUGCUCCUGGCUGGCUCCUGGCUCUGGUACAACGCCCCUCUGCGUGAGCGCUCCUAUCUGCUUCCUGUGCUGCUUGCUGCCCUGGUCUGCUCUGUGCUCGGGCUGCUGCUGAGAAUCACCUACUACAAGUGGCUCCACCCCACGCUGCAGACCCGGCGCCAGGCGAGCUAUGAUGAAGUAGACACUGCAGAAGGACUAGCUGGUUUCCGAGCUGGCCCAGCGCCAGCCCCUGUGAACAGACGGAUGUACCAGCUGUCCCAGAACCACUUGGUCUCUUUGCAGGCCGGGCGAAACUGGGGGAAUGGUGUCCUAGAUGACAUGUCUCUCUGAGCACAGCUGUCCCUGCUCCAGGCAGAGGGAAUUACACCUCAGGGAUCUGUGCAGGGGGAUCCCAUUCCAGACCUGGCCCCAGCGUUCCCAGGGACCGAGCACCACACCUCCGGAAUGGGCAGCUGUUGCAGGGAGAGGAGAGUGGAGAGAGCUGGGCGGGCCGAGAGCCCUGGCACUUAGGGUCCAACAGCUGGCAUCCAGCACGGGUAGCUGUGAAGCCUGUUCUGGGCUGGCACUCUUCCAAUGGGAGUGUCAUGGGAGAAACCCGCUCUAAGAGUGCUGGAUGCUGAGUGGGCUCAGCAGCGUGUUAACCCUUCUUGUUAGGCCCCUGCCCCGGGAUCUGCUCCACUACAGCGAACUCCUCACUUUUUUCCUGCUGGUUGCAGUUGCUCCUGACUUCUGCUCUGCACGUUGCCCUGUUUAGCCCCAUCCCCAUUUCCCUGCCAGGCUCUCCCCUGCUUUGUUUCAUUUCAGCAGAGUUCAAUGGGAAACCGUCUGCUCUGUUCUUGGCAGGACCUGCCAAAUUUUCCAUUUGUCUGGGAUUUCCCUGCACUUGUAAUUUCAAAGCUUCCCUGUAGCAGUGGGUAACCCAUGGAGCCUCUAGGGAGGGCUUGGCCCCUGCGGGGAGCGUCAGUUUGCUGAGGUUUAUAAAGGGAAGGCUGUCAGUCCAGGGUGGUAUAAUACUGUAACGCGGUAUUGUGCCUUAGCCAGGGAACAGCAGCGUCUUCUUGUUGUAGAGACGGAGCGGGGGGUAGGCAUGUGGAGAAUUCAGGGGGUGGAGGGGAAGUGAAUGGUGUGGAGAAUUUGGGCGGGGGGGAAGGGGAGAUGACUGACAUGGAGAAUUUAGGGGUGGGGGAAGGGAAUGGUGUGGAGCAGCAGUUUUCAAACUGUGGGUCGGGCCGCAGUACUGGGUCGCGGCGGCUCUGGUCAGCACUGCCACCUGGGACGUGAAAAAUACUGUCAGCGAUGCUGCCCGGCUAAGGCAGGCUAGUCACUACCUGUUCUGACACCGCACUGCGCCCUGAAAGCGGGCAGCAGCAGGCCCGGCUCCUGGGGGAGGGCCACGGGGCUCCGCAUGCCCCCACCCCAGGCACUGGCUCUGCACUCCCACUGCCCCAGCCCCGAGCCCCCUCCCCCACCCUGAACCCCUCAUUCCCAGCCCCACCCCUGCACCCCAAUCCUCUGCCCCAGCCCUGAGCCCCUCCCACACCCCUCCUCCCCAGCUCAGUUGGGUCGGGGCAUCAACCAUUUUCUUCAACUGCGUCGCCAGAAAAAAAGUUUGAAAACCACUGGUGUAGAGGAGGGUGGGGGGAGGGGACUGACUUAGAGAAUUCAUGGGCGUGAGGGGUGAAUGCUCUGAGCUGACUAAACCCUUUGCCUUUUUCAAAACAAAGCUAAAAUGCUGAAGUUUUUUCAGUGUUGGUUCUUUGUCACAAAGAUACUUGGCGUGUUCCUGCAUGAAUCCCAGCCCCGAUCUUAGCCCCCUUUCCCCCAUCCAGCCGUGGCUGCCCCCUGCUCUCCCAGCCUUACGAAAUAGCUGCUGUGUUGCUGGAAGUCAAGAGCUUGGUUUGGGAGUUGUCAUGCUUGGGUCCUACACCAGGGGUGGGGCUGCUGACUGACUGCAGUUUCCCGUGCGGUGUAGCCAAGUCGCUUAGUUUCCAGUUUGUGGGAAGCAUAUAGGCCUGGCCUCCUGCAGGUUCUUGGCGUGGCUCUUGUGGAUUUAGGCGGUGCCCAGCUGGAGAGGUGUGUUUCCAUGUAACAGUCCCAAAGCUUCCCCAGCUGGGCAGGAGAGGGGCUGAGGUUUGUGGCACGUGCAAAGCAGGGUGGAUUGAUUAAAAUCAAUAAUUUAAAUCAACUUCUCCAUUUGUGCUUCAGUCAUUUUCUAAAGGAAGUGAGAUAAAUGUUGAUUUACAACCCCAUAGGGCCUUGACACUAGAUUUGGAACAUAUUUUUGCUACCUCAGAGAGUACACUACACUGAUACUUUUAUGUAAGCAAUUAUACAGCUUAAUAUUUUCAGAUUCUUAACUGUACAUUUUUAGUAUGGUAAAGGAUAUUUUACUAGAUAACUUUUUGCUCAUUUGUGUCAAGCUGUGUUCUGAUAACUGGAAUUUAAACAAACUAUAUAAAAUUUAUUUUUAUUAAACAAAGCUACCUUAAAAGUUGUUUUACAUAAAUGUCUUAUCAAAACAUGUUUCACAUUUAUAACAAUGGUUUAAUCAAAGAGAGGGAUUAACUGGUCAGUGAAUUAAAUGAUUUCAGAUGUUGUGGAUAAUUGGUCUAAAACUUUUGCCUUCUUUAGAAUUUACAUGGAAAGCAGGUCAAGUUAUUUUCAAUUAAAAAAAAAAAAGCUAUAAACAGGUAAAAGAGAACCAGACAAAGUAAACCAAAAAGGCCAUUCUGAUAUAAUCCAAAGACUACAAAAAGAACAGGAGUACUU